AUGGCGAACACCAUUGAUGAAGGCAUUGCCAUCGUUGGCAUGGCAUGUCGACUUCCUGGAGGUGUGUCUUGCCCAGAAACAUUCUGGGAUUUCCUCCUGAGCCAGCGCUGUGCUCAUGGGCCAGUCCCAGCAAGCAGGUUCAACGCCGCAGCCUUCUACAACCCCCAGAAGGAUCGUACCGGAUGCAUUCGUUACACCGAGAGCUACUGUAUUGACAACGAUCUCGAGAAUUUUGAUAAUGGCUUUUUUGAAGUCACUAGUGCGGACGUGCAAACGCUUGAUCCUCAACAGCGUCAAUUGCUUGAAUGCUGCUAUGAAGCUCUCGAGUCUGGGGGCGUUACCCUCGACAAGGUUGCAAAUACCAUGACUGGUGUCUAUAUUGGCAACUUUGCUAGUGACUACGAGUCACUGGCAUUCAAAGAGCCUGAAAAAAUUGAGGGUUCUGGUAUGGGGAGGACUACUGUCAGUAACCGAGUCAGCUACUUGUACAACUUGAACGGACCAAGGUGGGUUAUCUCUGUCAACCGUAGCUAUCCUGACGAUAUAAUGAUUAAUGUCACUAUGGAUACGGCUUGUUCCUCCACCAUGUAUGCUUUGCACUUUGCGGUUCAAGCGCUUCGCAACGGCGAGGUCCCAGCCGCGUUUGUAGGUGGCGUCAACCUUAUUUUAACGUUGGAAUACCACUUCGCCAUUGGGCAAAUUGGCGCUUUGUCUCCAACAGCGAUGUAUCACACAUUCGAUGCGUCUGCCGAUGGCUACGCACGCGGAGAGUCCAUCAGUGUUCUAUAUCUGAAACGAGUUUCUGAUGCGUUGAGGGACGGCGAUCCUAUCCGUGGGGUAAUCAGAGGCGUCUCUUUAACCGCGAAUGGGAAAAAUAAUGGUAUCACCCUGCCUAGCGCAAUGGCGCAGGAGUUAUCUAUCCGAAAGGCAUAUGAACACUCCGGGCCGAUUGAUUAUGGCGCAGUCGGAUUCGUUGAAUGCCAUAGGACCGGAACGCCUGUUGGUGAUCCAAUCGAAACCACAUCAAUUGCGAAUGUCUUUGAAGACAGUCGAGACUGGCAUGACCCAAUCCUUAUAGGAUCGACAAAGCCUCAAGUAGGUCAUGGCGGGGCUGGUUCUGCGCUGACCAGCAUCAUCAAAGUUGUCCUUGCGAUGGAAAAAGGAAUGAUCCCCGGAACAAUCGGAAUCAAGAAACUUAACCCAAACUGUAGUUAA